AUGAGGUGUGUGGCUCACAUUAUUAAUUUGGCUAUGAAGGAUGGGCUUAAAGAAACUGAUAAAUCUGUGGAGCGAGUGAGAGAGUCUGUGAAGUGGGUUAAAUCUACACCAGCUAGGAGCAGAAAAUUCAAAGAUUGCAUUGAUUUUGAAAAGAUAGUGUCGAAGAAAUUUGUUUCGUUGGAUGUAGCUACAAGGUGGAACUCAACGUAUCUGAUGUUGGAAUCUGCAAAGCCAUUUGAGAAAGCAUUUCAGACAUUAGCUAGAAAUGAUAAGAAAUUCAAGAAACAUCUCAAUGAAAAAAAAUAUGGAAUGGAAAGCCUUGGUACCACAACUUCUAAUGAUUGUUCUAGUGUGGGCAGGUUGACUGAUUACCUGAAGCUAUUCUAUGAUUUGACUAUUCGAGUUUCUGGGACUUCAUAUGUGACUUUACACCUCUUGUUUGAUGAGGUAUGUGAAAAGUGA